AAUCCAAAGAACGAACCUAUUCAAAUUCAACCAAUCCGCAACGUACCUCCUAGCAACCAACCAGUUGCAGUGUCUAAGCUGAAUGCUUAUGCCACGUUAGAGCGACUACUAGGCGCAUGCGUGGAAUAAAGUGCCGCGGAGACGCUGCGCUUGUUCAAUCACAUACAUUAGAUGCUGUCGUUCCUCCACUGUCUCUCUGAGAUUCACUGUAGUACAAUCCAUACUGUCUACUGAUUCUUUGCUUUUCCUAAGACUAAAGACUUGUGCCAAGAUGCCGUACAGGUUCCAUUCCUCAUUGCAUUCAAAUGAUGUUGUCGUGUCCUGUGACGGACGCGAAAUGACACGAGAAGCUAGUGCUACCGACGCCACACAAACCCAACCUGCCGCUGCCGCUGCCGCUCAAACUACGCCAUCAGCUCCUGCUCCAAAAACGCAUCGAGAUCUUGAAGAAACUGUGAAGAAAUUUGCUGAUGCAGUUUCUGAGAAAGGACGAGCGAUGUAUGAGAUAUGGGCGUUGGUGUUCAACGUCCUUCAUCUCCUGCACAGUACUGGAGCAGAGAAAGUUACAUUGUCACCACCUGGUCAUGAAGGCAAAUGCUCCUACACACUAGGAGUCACGAUGAUAGCUGUUCUCUGCUAUUGUGGUGAACAUUUGGGUGAUGAAAUGAUGCAAGGUCUUGUCGACUAUAUUCUUCACUUCAAGUCAGUUGAUGUCAACGAAGAAGAUAAGACCGACAACAACAGGACACUCUUGCACCAUUGUGCAUUGACAGGCAAUGCACGUUUAGCAAAACUGCUCAUCGAACGCGGCGCUUGCCUCAACGCACAGGAGAGCUUGUUCCGACAGACUCCACUGCACGAUGCAGUCUUCGAAAAGAAGAUCAAUGUUGUCAAGGUGAUACUGUCACAUGACAGUGACGGUGUCACCUCGGAUACUGCACUGCUUGACUGGGUUGGUUGCACAGCAUUGGACGUAGCAAAGUUCUAUGGUAAUGAUGAAUGUGUGCAGCUUCUCACACAGCAUGAAGCUGACAAGGCAAAGAAAAAAAUUGAGAAGAUAGUGUUGUCAUUAGACGUUGACUGAAGAAGUGUGAAAGCAGCUGUGACGGGCAAGCCUAGUCUGCAUAGCCACGAUGGGUGACGUCUACCACUCGUGUGUGUGUGUGUGUGUGCGUGCGCGCACGUCUGUGUUUAGAUGCAUGGCAUUUUAGGAAAUUAGUAAACGGACUUCUCGUUGAUAAUUUGCUUCUUGGUUCUCGCAAUAUCUGAUGGAUGUGUUCCAUACAUUCUAUUUGCCAUGCUCUUUACAAAUACAAGGAAAUUUCGUGAAAAAUUUUCAUUGUCGUUGUCUUCUGGUAAACAAAUUAAUUACAUCAUAGCUGAUCGUUGUCCUCCACCAGCCUGCACCGUGAACUUAGCCAGUUUUACUAGUUGUUUGAAACUGUUUUCCCUCUAGCUAAAUUUCUUAGUGUGCAGCGCUGGCUGACUAUCGUGUACAAUUGACCGUGCCAUUCUUUGUAUUUGUUUCAGGCUUUUUCUUGUUUCCGUACACGUGACAAUGUUGCUGUUGCCUCAGCUUUGGUGUUUUGUAUCUGGAAAGAUUAUUACUGGUAAAAUUUGAACUCUCAGAUAUUCCAAAUACUCUUUCUGCUCUCAGACUAU